AUGGCUAAGAUCUCUCUGUUGUUAUCUUUAGCUUUCACUCUCUCCCUUGGGUCAUUGUUUCUUUCUGUUUCCAGUCACACACCUCCUGCACCAUUAUGUCCAAAAACUGUAUCUGAACUCCAGACCUUACCCUUUGCCAAAAUCACUGAGAUCCUAAACCAUAAAGAAAAGUUUUCCCCAAAGACCGCUGAAAUUAAGGCAAUGUUCACAGUGUGCAAAGACUAUGUAGAGUACCUUGAGAGCCUCUUCAAAUCUGAAAAUCGCAUCAUAGGUGCUUUAGGUAUUGCCAAGACCAAAUAUACCCUAACAACCAAAGCGAUUAUAGCGGUGCAAGCUACUAUUAUCGGUAAAGUCGACAAGAAAACUUCUUUAAAGCUAGUGAAAAGCUGUGAUGGUUUUACAAAAGGGUUUCUUCAUAUUCAAAAGGCGAUCCUAAAGAUCUCAGCCAAACAUAAUUACAAGGCCGAUGCUAGCAUCAACUUUCGUGAAUCGAAAAAGAUCGGUGAUGCUAUGCUAUAUUUCAGGAAUUCUAUCAAUGAUUUCAUGGAUCUAGUUAACGGUUUUGAGGAGAAGAAGAUGAAGAAAGUUGUUCAUCAUGCAAGAGAACUUAAAGAAGAUGAGAAAGCUAACAGUACUGACCAAAGUAAGUAUGAUAAGUAUUCCCAGUUCUUUGGUUCUUUUCUCGAAGGUAAGCAACACGGAAGAGAGUUAACUGAAGCUCAGGCCGAUGGAAAAUUGAACAACUUGUAUGAGCAGUUUUCUAAAUAUGUAACUUACCUCGGAGAUAAAGCUCAUGGAAGAAAAUUACUAGCAGAAGGUCAAGCAGGACUCAACACUGGAGUUCAGUCUGGUGGAAAAGUCGACAACUUGUAUGAGGAGUUUUCUAAAUAUAUUUCUUACCUCGGAGAUAAAGCUCAUGAAAGAAAACUAUUAGAAGAUCAAGCAGGAGCCGAAACUGGAGCUAAGGCUGGUGGAAAAGUCAACAGCUUGUAUGAAGUUUUCACUAAAUAUAUGCCUUACCUAGGAGGUAAAGAUCACGGAAGAAAACUACUAGAAGGUCAAGCAGAAGUCAAUGCUGGAGCUCAGGGCAGUGGAGGAUUUAAAGGUUCAUUCGAAGAUUUCUUCAACUUCAUUGCUGGUAAAAAAAUUCAAAGAGAUGCCGCUGGGAAGAUCAAAGUCACCGGAAAGAUGGAUCCAGGUCACUGA